AUGUAUAUAGCAGCAAGGUCUCAAUUUCAGAAAGUUACAUGGAAGAAUUUUGUGCUGGGAGAUGUUACUAUACCAAGGCAUCUAUUUAUUCUGUGGCUAGCUCUCAACCAAAGGUUAGCAAUAGUGGAUAGACUGGCAAAAUGGAAGAUUGAUGUGCCGAAGGAAUGUGUGUUAUGCACUAGCCAGAAAGAAGAGACGCUGGAUCACCUUUUCUUUGAAUGUGCUUAUGCUAGAUCAAUAUGGGUUGCAUUAGUAGGGUGGUUGAAAGAAAAGCACAAUGUUGGAAGCUGGGAACAGAAAUUAAAAUGGCUGAUCAAGAGGACAAAUAGCAGCAGACUACGAGCUCAAGUUCUCACAUUUCUAUUUGCAACAACAACUUAUUACACAUAG